AUGUAUCAAACUAUUUGUGGAAGUUCUUCCGGCAACGAGGCCCCGGAGAAUAAAUUAACAAGCAGCUCAUCGCUGAUGAAUAUUUCUCCAUCCAAGGGGCCUCCAUCCAGUCGCGUGCGCACGGGUGGAACGUUCUUGGCCCGGAAGCUCUCAAUCCCGUUCCAGACUGCAAACUUCAACCAAUUCAUGCCAAGCUUUGUGUUUCAGAGGGAACGUGAUGUGAUCUUGGCUACCACAGGGGAGACCCCCUGGAGCGUCAAUCUGAUACUUUCCACGUCGGAGAAUUGA